UGCGUGCUGCUGUUUGAAUGUCGGGGUUGGGGGGGUCUUUCUCCUCCACACGGGGGGCGUUUAGCCAGCGAGCCUCCUCUCCUUUAACAUGCGACGUGUCUGCGUGUGCAACGCCUCUCAAAUCUAUCAACACAUGUAACGUUACAUCAUGGCUCGUUGGCGCGUGCCAAACACGCAACACGCAGGGAGCCGCGGCUGUGCCAGCAGGUCCCUAAUUACCCCCCCCCCACCCCCCCGAAAAGGCAUCUCCCAGUACGUUUGUAUCUGUAAAUAACGUUCCCCGUAUCGGUCCCCACCACUGAGCGUUGGGCCUCAACCCCCCCCUUCUGCUACGAAGGAGAGAAAAGACAGAAGACAAACAAACAAAGACAAAGCUUCUUUUCCUUUUUAGAUCAAACACGAAUCGCAUCCUCCUCCCCAGUUGUCUUGACAACAAGAACCGGAUGCUGAUCGGCAGCGUUGCAGUAGUGUUGGAUGGAUGUGAUAAAGUGAUAAUGUGGUGCUGUUGAUAUCACUUUGGGCUAAUGGGAGCCGAUACAACAAUAAGCUCAGACUGCAGGGUCCAUGACGCAUAUGCAAAGACCUUCACUAAUGCAAUUAAUGAGAGUACCCCAAAUCAUUUGUGGGCCAACAUUUAAUGAGCCAUCAAAAAUAAUAAGAAUGCUAACACUGGAUAGUCACAGUAAUCAUUAUAUCAAUCAGUCACACAACAUAUUAUCCGCCUUCUUCAUGAUGUAUUAGAGGCACUUAGAAAGAUCUUUGCAUCUGACCACCAUGUUGAUAAAGAAAACAUCCACAGUUCUCUUAGAACAUGCAUCACUCUGUAAAUGAAUGGGUUUGGAUGUGGCGACUUAAACACAAACGUAUCAACAGAUGACCAACUAACGACCAAGGACUGAUAGUGAAGCUCUUUUGAUAUAGUGGCCACUCACAGAACUGUUGUUUGCAUGCAUUAGUUAUGCAUCCUCACACAAAGUUUGACCCUAUAUGAAUGAUACAGUCCUUUUUGUCCCGUCCCGCGCGUGCAGCAGAUUUUAGGAAAACAUGGCAGUGGAGAAGCGUCUGGCGUUCUCCAUCGUGCAGUUCCUACGAGAUCAAACCCACUGCGGCGCUUUGAAUUCCGACGAGCAGGAGAGCCUGGACGUCGCCAUUCAGUGUUUGGAGACGACCUUUAAGAUCAGCUCCAGCGACUCCCAUCUCGCUGUGCCACAGCCUCUGGCGGACAUAUUCCUCAAUUCCCUGCUGAAGAAUGACAACAUCAGCAAACCGGAGACCUCCCCGUCUCCAGAAGUCAUUGAACGAGCAGAGCAACUUAAGAAUGAAGGCAACAAUCACAUGAAGGAGGAGAACUACAGAUGUGCAGUGGAGUGCUACACGAAGGCCAUCGACAUGGACCUGAGGAACGCCGUGUACUACUGCAACAGGGCUGCGGCUCACAGCAAACUGGGGAAUUACACCGAGGCCACUGGUGACUGCGAAAGAGCCAUCGGGAUCGACCCCACCUACAGCAAAGCGUACGGCCGGAUGGGUUUGGCGUUGACGGCCACGAACAAGUACCCGGACGCGAUCGCCUACUUCAAGAAAGCCCUGGUGCUGGACCCCGAAAACGACACCUACAAAUCCAACUUGAAGAUCGCGGAGCAGAAGCAGAAAGAAGCCACCAGCCCGAUAGCGGCUGGGUUGGGGUUCGACAUGGCCAGUUUGAUCAACAACCCCGCCUUCAUCAGCAUGGCCGCGAGCGUGAUGCAGAACCAGCAAGUUCAACAGCUUAUGUCAGGAAUGAUGUCCAACGCAGUCGGGGGUCCUGCAGCCGGAGUGGGCGGACUGUCGGACAUUUCCAGCUUAAUUGAAGCGGGUCAACAGUUCGCCCAGCAGAUCCAGCAGCAGAACCCGGAGCUCAUCGAGCAGCUGAGGAACCACAUCCGGAGCCGCUCCUUCAGCGGCAGCGCCGAGGAGCACUCAUGAUCCGCUCAGUCACACGUUACUUCAUUUUUUUCCGAGGAAGGUCAACCACAUGACGCGAUUACAAUCUCUUCACCCGUUUCUUGAAAUCACUGCUGGAAUGAGGAGACGAGGAUUUGGCUGAAGGCACUUUACUGCGAGUAGAGACGAAGGCCGAGGGACCGGACCACGAAAUGAAGCAUCCCACCCACGCAGGGCAAAACGCAUUGUAAUCACCGAAUCAUCAAAAGAGACAGGAACUCAUUAGUAAAUAAACCCGCAGAGCUCGUGUUUUAUAUGUGCUGAAAAUACUGUCCUCUUCAUGUCUGCAGCUACGGGUCCUUCUGUCUAGUCGGGGCACUUCUGAGAGGGUUGGGGAGGAAUGUACUUCUACAGCAUCGCAGGGAACAUCUCGGCUUUUUCUCACUCAAUAGCGGCAACACAUUGUUUACAUUUAAUAUUAUUUUUGUAGACCGAAGACGCAUGUUAUAACACUCGCUUAUUGGGACCU